AUGGAAAUCAAAGUGACUUCAAGAGAAAUCAUCAAGCCAUCCAAACCCACUUCUCCAGAAAACAAAACCUUCAAGCUUUGUUCCUUCGACAUCCUCCACCGUAACACUUACAUCCCUGUAAUCUUAUUCUACCCCACCUUCACAAACCCCAAUAACAUUCUCAAACACUCGCUUUCGGAAACCCUAACCAUCUUCUACCCUCUCGCCGGCCGACGAAACGACCUCGUUUCCGUCUCCUGCAACGACGAAGGAGCCGUCUAUUAUGAAGCCACCGUGAACACUUCCAUCUCCGACUUCCUGAACCCACCAAAAACAGAAUAUCUAAACCAGCUUCUUCCAUGCGAGCCGUGCAAGAUUCAUCCACCGGGAUCGUUGCCUCAUUUGCUGGUUCAAGUUAACACUUUCGAGUGUGGCGGUGUGGCCAUUGGGGUGUGUAAUCUUCAUACCAUCAUGGAUGCUUGCUCGUGCCGUGUCUUGUUGAAGACUUGGUCGGCGAUUUGUCGGAAUAAAAGAGAAGACAUCGAGUGGCCGGAUUUUGAUUCUGCAUUUGCCGUGUUCCCUCCCAUAGAUUUUUCCCGUGUGCGUGCCGGCCUUGUUUCUUCUUCCUCAAAAGUUGAAGCCAAUUGCACCAUAAGAAGGUGA